CUCCUCCAGACUGCAUGCAGUUUGGUAUUAAAAUGUUUUCAGUAUCGCCAACCAUUGUGCUAAUAUACAUUUGAGAUGAUAGGCACGGCCACCGGGACAUUUUAACCAGACGCAGCGGCACACGGAGCUCGGGGACUGACGGCACCGUCGCGGAAACAAACGCCACCUGGGUUAUUUUUCAGGUUGUGGCCAAAGAAAAGUGCAGAGCGACUGAAGGCACGGCGAGCUAAGUGGCUAGCUAAAGGCGACGAGGCCCCAACCGAACGGGAACACGGGGGAACCAUGGCCAACAUCGCGGUUCAGAGGAUAAAACGGGAAUUCAAGGAGGUGCUAAAAAGUGAAGAGACAAGCAAAAACCAGAUAAAGGUGGAUCUGGUGGAUGAGAACUUCACAGAACUUAAAGGAGAGAUAGCAGGGCCACCUGACACGCCGUAUGAAGGGGGUAGAUAUCAACUAGAAAUUAAAAUCCCAGAGACGUAUCCGUUCAAUCCACCAAAGGUGCGGUUUAUCACGAAGAUCUGGCAUCCCAACAUCAGCUCAGUCACAGGUGCAAUAUGUCUGGAUAUUCUCAAAGACCAGUGGGCAGCAGCUAUGACCCUGAGGACGGUCCUCUUGUCAUUACAAGCCUUACUGGCAGCCGCAGAACCAGACGAUCCGCAGGACGCCGUGGUAGCCAAUCAGUACAAGCAGAAUCCAGAGAUGUUUAAACAGACGGCGAGACUCUGGUCUCACGUGUACGCAGGCGCGCCCGUCUCCAGUCCGGAGUACACACGCAAAAUAGACAAACUCUGUGCCAUGGGCUUUGAAAAAAAUGCAGUAAUAGUGGCGUUGUCGUCGAAAUCCUGGGACGUGGAGACAGCGACAGAGCUACUGCUCAGCAACUGAAUUGACACCUCCUUCAUGUUCCUCUAAAUCCCUCUCUUCCGCUUCAAACACACACACACACACACACACACACACACACUUUUUCUCCUCUGAAUUCCAGCUGUCUGAUGGCGUCUCCCCACUGCCCCACCCCUCAGUUCCACACGUUCUCCUCCUCUCCACCCACCCCCACCGCCCCCUCGCUGUGGCAUCACCUAUGCUGUAUCACACUCCAAUCAUGUGCUCUCUGAGUUUUUAUCUUUGGUUUCUUUGAGUCCGUUCGACAUUCCACUCGGCACUACAAUCACAAAUCCGACCGCAUCUCACCCCUCCGUUCAGGCAGACGCCAGACUCAAGGCCCCGUCCACGCGGCUUAUCCUUGCCUAUGCAGUGCAUUUACUUUCAUUUCUGAAAGUCUUUGUCGGAGAGUCAAGCCAAUCUGGGGGAUUCUUUUCGACCCGUUUCUGAUUUCACACUUUUUAGGGCUGUUUUCCAAACAAGGGUUCGAGCCAAGUCUUAACUUAUCGUUUGUGUAAAAGCUUUCUGGCAUCGAAUUUAAACUCAUUACCGCCCAGCAUCAAUCCCAAAUAAUAAACGUUUCAUAUUGUGAGAGUACGAACAGUAUUGGAUCCUUCAUAAAUUUGGGUCUCACAUUCAAGUUGAAGCGUGGCAGAUGUGUUGUUGCAUAAGAGUAAGUUGCACACCACUUGCUGGCUAGCAGAGUACGUCAGCAUGACACACUCUGCCUGUGAGGAGUGUUGCAUGCUUUACACCUUAUAUUGUUCUUUUUUUUUGUUAUGGCAGCAGUAGUGCACAACUUAAGCUCAUUGCAUUAAGGUUUAAAACUGUCGCUAGCAGUAAACGGUUCCGCAGUCAUCACACACACAUACACACACACACACAGACACCAUGUGGGUCGGCUUAUUCGUGUUUCGGAAACCAGCUCAUGAAGUGUCCCAGAGGUUUUCACGCAGUAGCCAUAUCUCUUUUCCACGCCACCGUUCUCUCUCGAACAGCCUGCAACCCACCAACCUGCAGUCAAUCCCUCUCUUCCCUCCCACACCUGUUCUCCACAUGGCUGACUCCACCUUUUUCCCAAGAUUUUUAAAAGGAACAAAGGAAAAAAAAAAAAGUUUUGUUCUCCCACAGGAAAUACAAUGAAAAUUUUCUUUUAAAAAUAGAAAAAAAAAAAAAAAAAACACCAAACAUGUUCAGCAGUAACACAACAUGUGACCAGUUUGCAUAGAAGUGGUUCAAAAUAAGUUUGAAAAGUAAUGCAUCUUCUUAACUACGCCAACAGAU